AUGAGUGAUUUGAAAUCAGAGUGCUAAGAAAUCAAUAAUUGGUUUAUAAAAAAUACAUUCUAAUAUGAAAUUCCUCAUUGCUUUACUGCAUCUUAUAAGAAUGACAAAGCAUAUUUAUCUAUACUUUCUACUAAUAUUGGUUUGGUGACUUCAAGACCAAUCCUUUAGAAUUAUAGACCUAUUAAAAUAUAUCAUAUAGAUGGUCCAUAACAAGAAUAUACAGAAAUCUUUUUAAAAAAUGUAAAUUAAGAAAUAUUAUUCGAUUAUAUUUCAAUAAGUAGGGUUUUUGAUUAUAAUGUAAGAUUAUAAAUGAGUUGGUAUAUGCUGUCUCCUAAAAAUAUCAAGGCUCAUACAAUAAAUUUUCAUAAUUUCUUAAAUGGUGGAUAUAGAAAUUAUUUAAUUGUACCUUUAAUAAAUGACUAAAUUGAUUAUGAAUUUAUGUAGGAAUUUAUAAAAUAAAGAGAAGGAUUAGUUAAUGGAGAGUGUUUAAAAGAUAUGAACUUAGAAGAUUAAGCAAUAUCCGAUUAUUUAUAUUAUAUCCCUAAAACAUAGUAAGUGAAUUGCAUCUAUGCAAUAAUAUCAUAACCUUGGAAAUAAACUGUGGAUGAGUAUUUUAAUCUUAUCAUCUAAAAUUCUAAAUUUACUUUAGAAUAACUUAAGGAAUAUUACUGUAUUGAUGAAUCCAUCCUGAAUAAAACAAUAGGGUAUUUUUUUUAUGAACAUUAAUUCAAAGCUAAAACAGAAAAUAUUAAUCCUAUUUUAUAAUUGAGAUCUUAUUAAAACUAAUACAAUUAAAGAGAUUCAGCUUUGGCUAUUUUUAAAUAGGUAACAACUAUAUAAAGAGUAUAAUAUUAUACUGAGGAUUAAGUAAAUAGUCUUGAAAAUAAGACAUAAAAUUUAAAAAUACAUUCUUGUAAACCAAAAUUAGAACUAAAUACUUUAUCAACUCAUAUAAUGCCUACAUCAAAUUUAUAUAGAUAUCCAUUUACUGUUAAUCAAUAUGAUAACUUUUUAAUGCUUCCAACCUUUUUAUUAGAACUUGAGUAAUAAUUUAUCAUAAGUGAAUUUGCUAAUUCUAUUGGAAUAGAACCGAAUUUAAGAGUAUAAAGAGCCAUAAGUAGAGCUUCUUAUAAUAGAGAUAUUAAUUAUGAAUUAUUGGAGACUUUAGGAGACUCAAUAUUAAAAUUUUUAGCUACUCUUUCAGUCAGCUUAGGUCCUUAGAAUACAAAUGAAAACAUAUUAUCAGAUUAAAGAUCAUAAAUAGUGAAUAAUAAUUUUAUUGGAAAACACCUAUUUAAAUAUUAAUAUUUUGGAUUAUUUUAUUAUGUUAGAUCACUUGGUCAUUAAACUAAAUGGUUUAGUCCAGUACUUUAAAAUAUUCAUUCAAAUCAUAUUUAGCCUGAACCUAUAAAAUAAGUAUCAGCAACUAUGCUCGUAACUUUUUUAGCAGAUAUCUUUGAAUCACUUAUAGCAUCUGUCUUUUUAGAUAAAGAUUCCUUAUAUGAUGUUUAUAAAUUCCUGUUACAUUUAAGACAUCCUGUUUCUUAUUAUCCACCAACAGAGAAAUAUUAUCCUCAUAAACCAAUUGUUCAGUAAUAUCAAUUUCCAAUAAUGCAUAAUUAUAUGAGUUUUAAAGAUUUAAUAAAUCCAGUCAGAUAAUUAUCAGAAGUUGAAAAAUAACAAUUCUAAAAGAAUUAAAUAGAAUAUCUAAAUUAUUUAUAAAGAGAAGUUAUUGAAUACUAAUUUCAAAAUAGAUAUAUUUUAUAUGAAUCAUUUAGAGUACAAGGUUCAAAUAUGGAUCUAGAUUUACCAUUAGAAUUAUAUUAUAAAUUUCUGUUAAAUUCAAACACACCUUCUACAAGAGGACAUUAAAUGUUGGAACUCAUAGGUGAUGCAGUAUUGGAAUGUUACAUUAUGUGUAAUUGUUUUAAUUAGAUAAUCUUUAAAUUUACUCCAACAAAUUUAUAUAAAAUAAAGAUGGUUUUAUUAUCAAAUUCAUUUUUAUCAAAAAUAGCUAUUUGUUACAAUAUUAUGCAUAAUUUUUAAGAUCCUGCCAUAUUAUAAUUUAUAGAAACUGUUAAAUUAGAUGAGAAAUUUACAUAUUAUAAUGGUAAUUUUGUGAGAGUUCCAAAAGUACUAUCAGAUACAUUUGAAGCCCUUGUAGGAGCCAUAUUUAUGGAUGGAGGAUGGUAACCAGUUUGUAAAUUUUUAAAAAAGGUUUACUUGAAAUUUAUUCCUUUUGUAUGCACUUAUUUAAAUGAUAUUGAUGAUCAUGUUAUUGAUAGAGUACAUUAAUAUUCUGCUAGCAAAUAAGGUCAUAUGGAUAUUAAAUCUUUUAAACAAGAGAAUGGAUAAUUUUGUUAUGAAAUCAGAAUUGAUGGUUAAAUUGUGGGUAGAUUUACUCAUGAACAUGAAAGAGUUGCAAAAGAAAAAGCUUGCGAAUCAGCAUGUAAAAAGUUGAAAAUUUGA